AUGUUGCUGCCAGACUCUGUUGGAUGGUACUGUAAAGAUUCACUUUGUAGACACAUUCAAAUUCUUCCUUUCAUUGUAUGGCCACAACACAAGCUUCCUGUUCUGUGUAUGAAUAUCUCAUCAGAUGGAGAUUUAAUUGUGACUGGCUCUGCUGAUAAAAAUAUAAAGAUUUGGGGUUUGGAUUUUGGUGACUGUCAUAAAUCCAUUUUUGCGCAUGCUGACAGUGUUAUGGCAGUGCAAUUUGUUCCCAAGAUGCAUUAUGUGUUUAGUGUUGGAAAAGAUCGUGUUGUAAAACUCUUGGGAGGAGGCAUGCGUAACAGUACAGUUGUUCAGGGAAUGGUUUUGAGAAAUGAUGUUGUUGGUAGUAUAAAGAGAAUUGAAAAGGCAAAGGUUGUCGUGUUUGCGGGUGGCGUUGAUACAUCUGCAACUGAAACUAAAGGAACGGCUAAAGUAGAGGAGCUCAUCAAGGCAGUAGUUAAAUCUGAUGCCAAAGUGGUUGUAAGCGGAGGGGCAGUAGGAGAGAUGGCUUUACAUUUUUGCGAGCGUUAUAAGCUUAUUGGUUCUGAAAAUCAGUUCUAA